AUGAGAAUUUAUACAUGUUAUUUUUGUUCAGGACCAAUUUAUCCAGGACAUGGUAUUAUAUUUGUAAGAAAUGAUGCUAAAGAGUUUCGGUUCUGCAAAUCAAAAUGUCAUAAAAACUUUAAAAUGAGACGUAAUCCUAGAAAGGUGGCAUGGACAAAAGCCUUUAGGAAAGCUACUGGCAAAGAAAUGGCUAUCGAUACUACACUUACAUUUGCUUCUCGUAGAAAUAUUCCUAUUCGCUAUAAUAGGGAUGUCGUUGCAAAUACUCUUAAAGCCAUUAAUCGCGUGUCUGAAAUUCGUACACGACGAGAACGUAUAUUUUACAAACAUCGUAUGGCAGGAAAUAAGACAAAACUAUUAGAAGAAGCCAAAAAACUAAUCAAAAUGAAUCCUGAACAAUUUUCUAACAAAGAAUUAACAGAAGAACAAAAAGAAUUAGAACAAAUAUCUCAAAAAGAAACUGAAAUAAUAAAAAUCCCUUUAUUAUCUAAAAAAAAAUCAGUCAGAUUUCAUGUUGAUAAAAUGAAUAUCGGUUAA